UUUUCAUUGGGCGGAGGAGCUGCCAGUCAACACCACCCGGAAGCCAGCGUCCCUGCUGUUGUCUGCUGCAGUGAUUGGGUAGUCACAGCAACUCCUGUCCUCGUGAGGUUCUUGCUGUUUUGGUUGUUUGAGGUGCAGUCUGGAAGGCUCGCCUCCGCUUGGCUAAAAGAUGUCAGAGACGGGCGUCGAGACUCCGGCGCUGGAGCCGUUUCAUGUAGGCCAGUGUCCACCCGUCGCUUAUUAUAUCCCAGAUUUCAUUACUGAGGCUGAGGAAGCGCAUCUUUUGCAACAGGUUUAUGGUGCCCCUAAGCCAAAGUGGACUCAGCUUUCUGGGAGGAGGUUGCAGAACUGGGGGGGGCUGCCGCACCCGAAGGGGAUGGUGUCGGAGAAGCUGCCCCCAUGGCUUCAGGCUUAUACCGACAAAGUGUCCUCUCUCGGCGUCUUUGGAGGGAAGCUGGCCAAUCACGUCCUGGUGAACGAGUACCGCCCCGGUGAGGGGAUCAUGCCUCACGAGGAUGGCCCGCUAUACUUCCCGACGGUCACCACCAUCAAUCUAGGGUCUCACACCCUUCUGGAUUUCUACCAUCCUGUCAGCAGAGGGCAGCAGACGGAAGGUGGACAGGGACUCGCUUCCCAGACCGAGGAAGAGCGCCACUUCCUCUCCUUGCUCCUGAAGCCCCGCAGCCUCUUGGUCUUGCGGGAAGACAUGUACCUACAUUACCUGCACGGAAUCCGCUUUGUCACAGAAGACACCGUCAUGGAGAAAGUGGCCAACUUGGAUGCGUGCGGCUCUGAGCUCGGGGACAUGUUGUGUCGAGGGACACGGGUUUCGCUCACCAUCCGACACGUCCCCAAAGUGCUCAAAACGUCCAUUGUUCUGGGCAGGAGAAAGUGACUCUUUGAGAGGCCUUGGGAGAGGCUCACGGGACAGGAAGUCCCUCCUCUGUGGGAAAGAAUUCCCUACAUGUAGAAAACAAGCUUCUCAAGGCAAACUUUCCUUCCCUGAAAUGCUAAUUUUCUGUGUUCAGGGGACUGGGGGAUAUGAGUGGAAGGGAUUUCCAUGACUUGAGCCCCCUCGCCUGUUGGCUGAAAUCACACAGCCCAAGCAAAAGUUUGUCUCUUCACCUGUGAGAAAGAAGCAGAAGGGAGCGAUUGUGAAACGCCAGUUCAUGGGAGAGCAGCUGUAAGCAACUGCAUAUCUGUAUGAAUUAAUUAUAAAGAACUAGCAAACUCAGGAGACAGGAAUAGAAGGCCUCAGAGGCAAGGAGGUGGCCUACUCCAUUGCAUCUUCCAGUCACCAGUGCGGCCUAGUGGUUGGAGCAGGAAAACAAACAUCGGCGCUUGUCUUCCCAGCAAGGAGAAUUGGGAAAUCUGCCUUCUACGGUUCUCUCCCAAGGAAAGCAACGACUGAGGAACUUGAGGGUGUCUUUCCAUCAGGGGGAGGAGUCAGAGGUGGGGGGCGACCUCAGGAAACCAGGGUGUUUAUUUCUUUAUCACAGGAAUGCCUUCUGAUGGAGAAACUGGACGUUAUUCUCAGGACUAUGUCCCAGUGACUGGUUUUCACACUUGGCCUUUCUCCGUGUGGCUUCCAAUUUGCAAACAUCAUCUCUUUGCAGUG